GCGUCCCGCCACGUCAGUCUGCGGCCCGGAGCCAAUCCUGCGCUUGGCUUGCGGUGAGGGGGCCGUGUUCGUGCCGGGAAGUGGCUCUGGGAGAAAAGAGGCCUCUUUCCUCACCCUCUUCAGGAGCAGCGCCCCGACAGCCUGCCAGGGCCCGCUCGGGUCCUCUUGCUGGCCAGAGAUCGAGUACCAUUGACUCCCUCCGGCGAAGUACGGCCAGUUUGUUUGUUCGAAGAAGCUUUGUGUGCCUGGUGUUGGAAUCUCAGAUCCAGGCUACGAAGAAUUUCGAAGCCUGGAAAAUAGCAAUUGUGUGUUUCUAAAGGCUCUGCCUCUAACCUAGCAUUACAAAUCACAAUGAAGAACCAAGACAAAAAGAAUGGGGCUGCCAAACAGUCCAACCCCAAAAGCAGCCCGGGGCAACCGGAAACAGGACCAGAGGGAGCCCAGGGACGGCCCGGCCAGUCGGCACCUGCGACAGAAGCUGAAGGUUCCACCAGCCAGGCGCCUGGGAAGACGGAGGGGGCUCAAGCCAAAGCUGUUCAGUCUGGGGCCCUUCGUGAUGUCUCAGAGGAACUGAGCCGCCAGUUGGAAGACAUACUAAGUACAUACUGUGUGGACAACAAUCAGGGGGGCCCAGGUGAGGACGGAGCACAGGGUGAGCCAACUGAACCUGAAGAUGCAGAGAAGUCCCGGACAUAUGCAGCAAGGAAUGGGGAACCUGAAUCAGGGACCCCAGUCGUCAAUGGCGAGAAGGAAACCUCCAAGGGAGAGCCAGGCACGGAAGAAAUCCGGGUGAAUGACGAGGUUGGAGACCGUGACCACCGAAGGCCACAGGAGAAGAAGAAAGCCAAGGGUCUGGGGAAGGAGAUCACAUUGCUGAUGCAGACACUGAACACGCUAAGCACCCCAGAGGAGAAGCUGGCAGCACUGUGCAAGAAGUAUGCUGAACUGCUGGAGGAGCAUCGGAACUCACAGAAGCAGAUGAAGCUCUUGCAGAAGAAACAGAGCCAGCUGGUGCAAGAGAAGGACCACCUGCGCGGUGAGCACAGCAAGGCUGUCCUGGCCCGCAGCAAGCUUGAGAGCCUAUGCCGUGAGCUGCAGCGGCACAACCGCUCCCUCAAGGAAGAAGGUGUGCAGCGGGCCCGAGAGGAAGAGGAAAAGCGCAAGGAAGUGACCUCACAUUUCCAAGUGACACUGAAUGACAUUCAACUGCAGAUGGAACAGCAUAAUGAGCGUAACUCCAAACUGCGCCAGGAGAAUAUGGAAUUGGCUGAGAGGCUUAAGAAACUGAUUGAGCAGUAUGAGCUGCGAGAAGAGCAUAUUGACAAAGUCUUCAAACACAAGGACCUGCAGCAGCAGCUGGUGGAUGCCAAGCUCCAGCAGGCUCAGGAGAUGCUGAAGGAGGCAGAGGAACGACACCAGCGGGAGAAGGACUUUCUCCUGAAAGAAGCAGUGGAGUCCCAGAGGAUGUGUGAGCUGAUGAAGCAGCAGGAGACCCACCUGAAACAGCAGCUUGCCCUGUACACAGAGAAGUUUGAAGAGUUCCAGAACACACUUUCCAAAAGCAGUGAGGUAUUCACCACGUUCAAACAGGAGAUGGAAAAGAUGACUAAGAAGAUCAAGAAGCUGGAGAAAGAAACUACCAUGUACCGGUCCCGAUGGGAGAGCAGCAACAAGGCCCUGCUUGAGAUGGCUGAGGAGAAAACACUUCGGGACAAAGAGCUGGAGGGCCUGCAGGUGAAAAUCCAGCGGCUUGAGAAACUGUGCCGGGCACUGCAAACAGAGCGCAAUGACCUGAAUAAAAGGGUACAGGACCUGAGUGCUGGUGGCCAGGGCCUCCUCACUGACAGUGGCCCUGAGCGGAGGCCAGAGGCUGUCGCUGUCUCCAAGGAGCAGGCUAGCGAGGGACCUGGGGUUCAAACACCCAGCUCCCCAAGAGCCACAGAAGUUCCUGGCUGCUCAGGAACACCGACCACAGAAGGAUCAGUCCAUACAGGGCCCCAGGAGCCCACCUCUGCCACUGCCUAGGGAGCCUGGUGCUUGGGGUGUGCUGGGAAGGGAGCAGCAGCUCAGCCAGGCCUGGUCCAUACAAGGCUCCCAUGCGAAGCAGCCCAGUGCUGAGGCCAGGGUAUUCUGACCUAGCUGGUAUCUGACACUUGGCAAUUUUGGAUUUUGUGGGUCAGUUUUCCAUAUAUAUGACAUAUGUGCAAGACCUCAUGCAUUUAUGUCUGUAAGUGUACAUUGGGCUUGCAUUGAGGGUGGGGUGUACAGAUGGAGUCAGUGGCUUCUCUGUGAGCUGAAGAAUCUUGCAGAGGAGGUGUCGUCUGUAGCUGCCAUCAUAGUGAGCUGGCAGGACAAGUGACUUGAGCAUUUCCCUGCCUAAUUUGAGACUCAGACCCCUCCCAGCCCUUCAGAACUCAUGACAGGUGAUAUACCCAGGCCGGACUGCAUUCUUUUGUGAGCAAGGCUCAGACAGCUUGGGUUCUCCUAGCUCCCCUGGAGGUUCCAUUGCUUUCUGUGGCCUGGGAAUGGUGUCCGUGCUCAAGAGUCUUGGCAGGGCACUUGGAGUUGGUGGUUGAGCUGCUUUCCUGACUAGGACAAGGCACCUGGAGAAUGUUCCUGUGUGGGAUGAUAUGCUGGUUGGGAGCCCCUUGGGCACUGCUUCCCCUGCCCUCUGAUAGUGCCAGGACCAGGCCAACGUUGCUUCUCAGUAGCCUUAUCAUUCACAGGUGCCUCUCUAGCCUGCACAAAUGAUUGACGAGAUCGCCCAAAGGAUUCUUUCUGAAGGUUUUUUGUUUUGUACGUUGACAGUUCAUACUGAGGAUCUUCUGAGGAAGGAAGGAGGGUGCUGUAGCAGUGGUACUGGGUGCCUGGCCUCCAUUGUCCUACCCCUCACCAUCCCACCUGGCUCCCUUGCCAUGUUGGUGCUGAGGUUUCCUAUUUAGGAAGAUGAGAUUAUUUGUUAAGAGAAAGGAAAGAGCUUCUGAUGGCUUUACCACAAGCUUGCCUAUGGGUUUCAAUCCUGGGAGGCCACUACUGAUACCUACCACCACUGUCUCCAUGCAGCAGCAGCUGGGCCCCAGGGUCAGCUGCCCCCUUGGCUUUACGGGUCUGUUUCUGCUUCUCCCCACCCUCCAACUGUGCAAUCCUUGAGAUUUUCCCUGGCACCUCCUUGCCCAAAAAAUGAGUCCUUAGAAUUCCACCUCUUCUGUGUGGGAGCCCCCAGUUGUUGUCUGAUAAGUUCAGUAGACUGAACCCUGGAAAUCCACAAAAUGGCUGCAGACAGUUGUUUACCGCCACUACCCAGUACACAGUACUGUGUAGCAAGUUUGUAUGAUGAAAUUUCUUAUUGUACACCUGCCAGGGUGUUGGCCACUCUUUGUGCAGAGCAGUUUCUUGGGGCAACAGAAUGAGUCUUGGAAGUGGGGCUCUGCUGGGUUAGAGCUUCAGUGUACAUCUCUAGCUGGGCCUCUCAGCUCUAGUGAGCUAAGAGCCUCAGACCCAAAUAGGAUGGGUGGGGUUUUGCUUCUUGCUAUAUUUCUUUGAACUAGUUUAUUAUCCCACAGGUCCCUUCAUCUUCCACUAGCCCUUUAACUUAAAUCCCCCCAGAUAAAUAGGUUCAUGAAUAGUGUUAUGUAGUCCUGAAUCAUGUUGCAACUUAAGAGAUGGCAAAUGAAUUCCACCCCCAUUUCCUCGGGUAUCACUGAUUGACUUCAGAGUGUGUCCUGCUAACCCAUAGUAUAUUCUUAAUUCACUCAUGAUGCCUCAGCAACAGUAUAAGUGUUGAGACCUCUUUGCCAUCCUUGGCUCAGAUCUGCUCUCCUGUGGAGAAGUAUUUUCCCAAGGUCUUUUUCUUCCCUUCUUUGAAGUCCCUGUGUUUGGUAUGUUUCGUGCCUCUGCUGGCCCCAAUAAGACCUCCCUCCCCUGGCCCCUGUGUGCCAGGCUGAGGCAUAGAACUGUCAACCCCACAGAGGGUGUGCUAGAUUACAGAGGUGCAGGGAGGAGUCAGAGCUGCCUGCACCCUUGGAGAAAGUGGAAAGGUCUACAAUGGCCUACAUAAUUGCCUGCCUCACUUCAGCUACCUCUUAAAGCCCAUGGUGGGUUGGAGCUGUUGGAUCCCAGUGUGGUGGGAUGGGAGGCUACAGUGUGUAGGUGACCCUGACUGAACUCUCCAGGUAGGACCAGGUAGAACCUUGGCUCUUAGCUCCAUCCAUUUCUAGGCACCCAGACCAAUCUGUAGAUGGGAAUUUCGUUUUCUUCCUCUCCAUUGACCAAAUCUUACCAAUCACUACAGCUGCUCUGCUCGCUCUGCUUUCCAAAGUCAGCCUGGGUGCCACUCUUACUGGCCAAGAGUCUAGGCCAGAGGCAGGGGAAGUGGCCUUAUCCAUAAGUGAGGGCCAGUGCCUUCCUCACCCAGGUGAAUCCCAUGCACAUAACCUCAGUUUUAGGACCAAGAGCUGUGCUGGUUUCUUAGAUUGUUAGUUUUCCCUCCAGGGGACCACAGUAGGUGAGACUUGUUGCCUAGCCCUUGGCUGUGUGAACAGUAACUCAUGUUCAGGACCUUGUCCAGCUGAGAGCUUCAUGCACACAAGAUUUUGAGAGGUGUCAGCAGCACUUUUUGUUAUUUGUUUUCCAUGAGAUUUUUGGACCAUGGGCUGAGCUCAGGCACUUUGUGUACGAAUGUUAUUUCUGUAAAGACGGUUAUUUAAGCCUCCUCCACCCCCAUCAUGGUGGCCCUGCCGAGGACUGACUGAGAGGCCAGUGGAGCUGCCCUGUGCAGGGAGACUGAAGCCUGCUGAACUGCUGCUCCAGCCCUCACCUUGCACAGCACAGGGUUGGUCACUUGGGACAGCCAGACAACUGCCUGCUCUCCUCUGCCUGGGGAGGGGGCUGCCUGUGUCCCUGUAACUGCUUUCCUUUAUGGCCCAUCCUGGCCACCCAGAUUUGUCUGAAGUUGUGCUGACAGCUUUUUUUUUUUUUUUUUUUUUUU